AUGCGUAAUUGGUCUACUGCCGAUGAGCAUGGAAUAAUGCAUGGUGGAAGUGGUGGCGCCAUGGGAUGUGAUUGGCAAAGGGAGUGGCAUGAUGUACAGGCUGUCUGUCGACAUUUGGGUGGCAUGCAGGUUGAGAUGAUCGACCUAUCUCGCGACUACUGGGUGCAUGUUUUUGAGCCAGCUCUGGGCCAAUGGUCAGAUGGAACAACGCCCAAUCCUGAUGUUGAAUGCAAUAAGUUUAUUAAGUUUGGUGCCCUUAUGGACCGUGUCGUCCCAAAGUCACUUAUACCUGCGACAUGGCUUGCUACAGGUCACUAUGCACGAAUUGCUCCUCGCAUUGAGCACACACACAUAUAUCCAGUCGUGCGAAGAGCUGCAGAUCCCACGAAGGAUCAAUCAUUUUUUUUGUCAUCGGUCUCGUCAUCGCGCCUCGACCGGAGCCUGUUCCCCUUGGGCGAUAUGCACAAAAGCGACGUGCGGAGCUUGGCUCGCUCACUUGCACUUCCAACUUGCGAGAAAAGCGAGAGUAUGGGUUUAUGCUUUGUUGGUGAGCGUGGAAGUGGCGCGCAUGCGUUUGCUCGCUUCCUCGACCAGUAUGUGGCAAACGAAGCUGGUGCAUUUGUCACGCCUGAGGGCCAAUAUCUCGGCAUGCAUCGUGGCCUACAUACACUGACAAUCGGUCAGCGUGCACGAAUUUCUGGGAAGCCACAACGCUAUUAUGUGGCGCGCAAAGACCCAGUAACUCGUCAAAUUAUUGUAGUACCGAGCAAGUCGCAUCCCAUGCUUCAAUGCACCUCACUGCAGUCAACGGUAUUUUCCUGGGUCACAGGCGUGCCUGUUUUAGAUACUCAGCUGCUCGCCCAAGUUCGUUACCGUCAGAAUGCCGUACCGUGUUUUGUCCGUGCGCAUGGAUUGGAUGGUGUACAUGUGGAAUUCACGACUAGUGUGGAAGCCGUAUCUCCAGGUCAAACAGUGGUUUUGUAUGAUGGAGAACUGUGCUUGGGCAGUGGAACAAUUGAUCAUGUACAGACUAUGGCAUAA